CGCGGCUCCAGCCGGCUCAGGCAGCCGCGGCGGCAGCAGGCGAGCCGUGGCCCCGCGAGGCCAUGAAGGUGAAGAAGGGCGGCGGCGGGGCCGGGACUGGGGCGGAGCCCACCCCAGGGGCUUCGGGCCCGAGCGUGGAGCCCAAGCUGGAGCCGCAGCCGCAGGUGGAAUCCGAAUCCGGGUCUGAGUCGGAGCCGGAGGCAGGCCCGGGGCCCAGGCCGGGGCCGCUGCAGAGGAAGCAGCCGAUCGGGCCGGAGGACGUGCUGGGGCUGCAGCGGAUCACCGGCGACUACCUGUGCUCCCCUGAGGAGAAUAUCUACAAGAUUGACUUCGUCAGGUUCAAGAUUCGGGACAUGGAUUCAGGCACUGUCCUCUUUGAAAUCAAGAAGCCUCCAGCCUCGGAGCGGUUGCCCAUCAACCGGCGGGACCUGGACCCAAAUGCUGGGCGUUUUGUCCGCUACCAGUUCACGCCUGCCUUCCUCCGCCUGAGGCAGGUGGGAGCCACGGUGGAGUUCACAGUGGGAGACAAGCCCGUCAACAACUUCCGCAUGAUAGAGAGGCACUACUUUCGAAACCAGCUACUCAAAAGCUUUGACUUCCACUUUGGCUUCUGCAUCCCCAGCAGCAAGAACACCUGCGAGCACAUCUAUGACUUCCCCCCUCUCUCUGAGGAGCUGAUCAACGAGAUGAUCCAUCACCCUUACGAAACACAGUCUGACAGCUUCUACUUCGUGGAUGACCGGCUGGUGAUGCACAACAAAGCAGACUAUUCCUACAGUGGGACGCCUUGACCCCCCAAACCACCCCUGCCACCGGAGGGUUCUGGGCCCUCAGCCAUGACCUCCCCAACACUCACCUCUCAACCCCAGGAGUCUCAAUCCCUGCCUGAGGAAUGCUCCAGGAGCCCUGGACCCUGAGUCAGUGUCGGGAGGGAGGGUGCCUGAUGUCCCCAGACCAAGUCUGUGAAGCCCAUGGGACCUGGCACGUGGGGUAGGGUGGUAGGGGGGCUGUUUGUCUCCAUGUCCAGGAAGGCCUCCUGUGAGAGGAGCAGCCAGGACUUUAGGCCAUCCUAGCUGGGCCUCUUGGGCCCAAGUUUUAGAAUAAUGUUCCCCAUCCAGCUUUGACUAGGUCUGGGCAGGGAGGAUCCCAUUCCCUGUCCCCUGCCCACCACCGACAGGCUGUUUAGAGUUUUAAAUUCACAGAUAAAGAUCCAAAGUGGGGUCUGGCUGCCAAGCUUCCCAAGGGAGUCUGGGCCCUGGCCCCAGCCUCUACCAUCUGGGGCUCAGAUGCUGCUUGAGGUGUGGGAGGGACUGGCCCAGAUUGCAGCCUGAGGUGGGGCUGGACCAACUGUAUAUAGUUUUCAAUAAACUCUUUCUCCUUUUC